CGGGGCUUCCUAGGCCCGAGAGUCUCACACUUGGGAACGGAGCUAAGACUUGGCGACCACCCCACCUUUUCUCUGUCCCUGAAGCUCUGGGGACGAGCCGGCAGCGUCCAAUCUCGGGAGACAAGAGGCUGAAAGGCCCAGGCAGUGCCCGGGAGUACGGGGAGCUGGGGAUAACAGGGUGAAGUAACCAUGCAGGCUUUUCUAAAAGGCACAUCUGUUAGUACUAAACCACCGCUGAAGGAUCGAGGAGUAGCUGCCACAGUUGGAAGCAGUGGAGAGAACAAGAAAACCAAACCUGUCCCAUGGGUGGAAAAAUAUCGCCCAAAAUGUGUGGAUGAAGUUGCUUUCCAGGAAGAAGUGGUUGCAGUGCUAAAAAAGUCUUUAGAAGGAGCUGAUCUCCCUAAUCUCUUGUUUUAUGGGCCACCUGGAACUGGAAAAACAUCCACUAUUUUGGCAGCAGCUAGAGAGCUUUUUGGGCCUGAACUUUUUCGAUUAAGAGUUCUUGAGUUAAAUGCAUCCGAUGAACGUGGAAUACAAGUAGUUAGAGAAAAAGUGAAGAAUUUUGCUCAAUUAACUGUGUCAGGAAGUCGUUCAGAUGGGAAGCCAUGUCCUCCUUUUAAGAUUGUGAUUCUGGAUGAGGCAGAUUCUAUGACCUCAGCUGCUCAGGCAGCUUUACGACGUACCAUGGAGAAGGAGUCUAAAACCACGAGAUUCUGUCUCAUCUGUAACUAUGUCAGUCGAAUAAUUGAACCUCUGACGUCUAGAUGUUCUAAAUUCCGAUUCAAACCACUGUCAGAUAAAAUUCAGCAGCAGCGAUUACUAGACAUUGCUGAUAAAGAACAUGUCAAAAUUAGCAAUGAGGGAAUAGCUUAUCUUGUUAAAGUGUCAGAAGGAGAUUUAAGAAAAGCCAUUACAUUUCUUCAAAGCGCUACCCGAUUAACAGGUGGAAAGGAGAUCACAGAGAAGGUGAUUACAGACAUUGCUGGGGUAAUACCAGCGGAGACAAUUGAUGGAAUAUUUGCUGCGUGUCAGAGUGGCUCAUUUGACAAACUAGAAGCUGUGGUAAAAGACUUAAUUGAUGAGGGUCAUGCAGCAACUCAGCUUGUAAAUCAAUUUCACGAUGUGGUGGUAGAAAAUGAUAACCUUUCUGAUAAACAGAAAUCCAUUAUCACAGAAAAACUUGCCUAGACAAAUGCUUAGCAGAUGGUGCUGAUGAACAUCUACAAUUGAUCAGCCUCUGUGCGACAGUGAUGCAGCAGUUAACUCAGAAUUGCUGAAGUGAUUUUUCUAAGAUUUCAGUUUUUAAAGUAUGAUCUGAUAAAAAUAAAAAUGACCAAAGCACCUUUAAAGUGAAUAUACAAUUUAUUUAACAUUCAAACUUCAUUAAGACAUGUGCAAUAUGGCAAUUUUACUGGGGGUUUAACCCUACCUAGGAUAUGAUUGCUUGCUGGGGCUUAGCAACAGGGUCCAGUUCACACUUAGCACUAAUUAAAUACUUU